CCACACAUACCAAACGUGAAAGAAAGGAAAGGGCCUCGCAUUUCAAGUAAAAGGAAGUCUAUCUUUAUCAUCGCAAACCCUCUCUCUCUCUCUUAGCCCUAGAUUUUCUCUUUCUUUCUCGGCCCCUCUGUUUAUUAUUUUCUCGAGAAAAUGGCAAAUGCAGCAUCUGGGAUGGCUGUGCAUGAUGACUGCAAGCUGAAGUUCUUAGAAUUGAAGGCAAAAAGGACCCACCGCUUCAUUGUCUUCAAGAUUGAGGAGAAGCAGAAGCAGGUGGUUGUGGAGAAGCUUGGCGAACCAGCUAACAGUUAUGAGGAUUUCACAGCAAGCCUUCCUGCUGAUGAGUGCCGUUAUGCUGUCUAUGAUUUUGAUUUUGUAACAGAGGAGAAUGUCCAGAAGAGUAGGAUUGUUUUUAUUGCAUGGUCUCCUGAUACAUCUAAGGUGAGAAGCAAGAUGAUUUAUGCUAGCUCAAAGGACAGGUUCAAAAGAGAGUUGGACGGUAUUCAGGUAGAGUUGCAAGCAACUGAUCCUACAGAAAUGGGUCUUGAUGUUAUUAGAAGCCGAUCAAAUUGAAUGUAGGAUACCUACAAUGUGAUGGAGAUUCCAUAUUAUCUGGUCCAUUAAAUGUAAUGUUUAUAAAAAUUUGAACCUAGAAUUUGCUUCUCUAAGUCGUGUCGUUAUAUAUUUGUGGAUUCGUGGGGUUGUAUACCCUUGAAGUGUGAUAUUUACGUACAAUUUAUAUGAUGGUUUGUGGGGGUAUAGUUCACAGCUUGAAUUGGUUGCA